UGAAUUCUUCCGACGCCGCCGUUGCUGCGUAAAGUGCGUAAAAAUCCAGCCUCAUCAUAUUUGCGCUCUCGUGUUUCGUCAGUGAUGCACUACCCCGUGCCUUUCCCCCUACGAGGCAUGUCUUCUCCUCCACACCGCGCCACUCCCGCUCCGUCGCAUGAAUUCACCGCGCCGUCGGCUCUCCCCAGCUGAACGGUUUCGGUGUUUGGUCCGGCCCACCGCAGCCGCCCGGCAGCUGUGCCCUCUGCUCCACAAGGCAAGUCCCCGUCAUGACCUCCUCCUCCUCCCCCUCCUCCUCCUUCUCUUGCGAUUCUGCCGAAAAUCGCUAAAUGGGAUUCGUGGCUGGCCCGAGGUUUCCACAGCAACUGGCCAUCCGCUUCCAUUAUUUUUCUAAUGAGGACAGCCGCUCGGAUCUAACACGGUUCCUCGCUGCGCGUCUCUGAUUUUUGGGCUGAAUCUCCAGACGCGUAAAAGGUCUGCACAUGGGGGCGGGCAAGAGCAAGCCCAAGGAGCCAGGCCAGCGCUCCAUGAGCCUGGACGGUACUAUAGGCACGGGCUCAGACAGCGGGCACUUCCACCACCUGGGUCCUGCCCAGCAGACCCAAACACCCAACAGGAGCCCCGCCGUCGGCACAGGCAGGCAGGGGCGCCAGGGGCAGCACCAGCACGCUCCGACAAACACUCCUGAGCUGGCUCUCUUUGGAGGGGUGGACCACACGGGAACCAUCACGUCACCUCAGAGAGGACCUCUGUCAGGAGGUGUGACUACAUUCGUGGCGCUGUAUGACUAUGAGUCACGGACGGCGUCUGAUCUGACCUUUAGGAAAGGCGACCGGUUGCAGAUUGUCAACAACACGAAAAAGUACAGCUUCAGAGAAGGGGACUGGUGGCUCGCUCGCUCCCUGACGACAGGAGAGAGUGGUUAUAUCCCCAGCAACUAUGUGGCUCCGUCCGACUCCAUCCAAGCAGAAGAGUGGUAUUUUGGGAAGAUCACUCGGCGCGACUCAGAGAGGCUCCUUCUGAACCUGCAGAACAGACGAGGAACCUUCUUGGUGAGGGAGAGCGAGACCACUAAAGGGGCAUAUUGCCUGUCAGUGCUGGAUUAUGACAACACCAAAGGCCUGAAUGUUAAACAUUACAAGAUCAGGAAGCUGGACAGCGGAGGUUUCUACAUAACCUCCCGCACCCAGUUCACCAGCCUACAGCAGCUAGUCUUCCACUACCGCAAGCACUCUGAUGGACUGUGCCACGCUCUAACAGACGUCUGUCCAGUGGCCAAACCUCAGACCCAGGGACUGGCCAGGGACGCCUGGGAGAUUCCCAGAGAGUCGCUCCGCCUUGACCUUAAACUGGGACAGGGCUGCUUUGGAGAAGUCUGGAUGGGUACGUGGAACGGUACGACACGGGUAGCCAUUAAGACUCUGAAGCCUGGCACCAUGUCUCCAGAGGCCUUUCUUCAGGAAGCACAGGUCAUGAAAAAGCUGAGGCACGAGAAGCUGGUCCAGCUGUACGCCGUAGUGUCUGAGGAACCCAUCUACAUUGUGACGGAGUACAUGAGCCAAGGCAGCUUACUGGACUUCCUUAAAGGGGAAGCAGGGAAGAUGCUUCGCCUGCCUCAGCUGGUAGACAUGGCUGCUCAGAUUGCGGCGGGCAUGGCCUACGUGGAGAGGAUGAACUACGUCCAUAGAGAUCUGCGCGCCGCCAACAUCCUGGUAGGAGACAACCUGGUGUGUAAGGUGGCAGACUUUGGUUUGGCGAGACUCAUUGAAGACAAUGAGUACACUGCAAGACAGGGAGCUAAAUUCCCCAUCAAGUGGACGGCACCGGAGGCAGCUCUGUACGGUCGUUUCACCAUCAAGUCGGACGUCUGGUCGUUUGGUGUGCUGCUCACAGAGCUGGCAACUAAAGGCAGAGUUCCCUAUCCAGGUAUGGUUAACCGCGAGGUGCUCGACCAGGUGGAGCGUGGCUACAGGAUGCCCUGCCCGGCUGAGUGCCCCAGCUCCUUGCACGAGCUCAUGCUUUCCUGCUGGAGGAAGGAUCCAGAAGAGAGGCCUACGUUCGAGUACCUGCAGGGCUUCCUAGAGGACUACUUCACCUCCACAGAACCCCAGUAUCAGCCUGGGGAGAACCUAUAGAACCGCACGCUGCGCUGAACCGGGGCAAAACGGGGGGUGGUGGGGGUGGCCUCGGCACAGAACGAUCUGCACUAACCGACCUCAGAGGGAGCGGCCGUGGGAGGAUCUGAGCCUGUGAAACUCAUCUGUGAGGAACUUGAGAUUCUUCUGUGGAAACAAAACCAAGAUAGAAACCCGCAGAAGUCCCCCCUCGAGUGCCAUAAGGGAACCGCUUCAGAAGAACCCGGAGAACCUCCUUUCUGCAAGCACUCACUGUUUACUCAAGCUCUCCUGCAGAAAAGAGGUUCGGAGCUGUAAAUGGACGACUUCUAGCCGGACGGACUUUGGCUCGGAUCGAAUCGAGUGACUAAACUUGCGGGUAAAUGUUUUUGAGAGGUGCACUGAUGUGGGAGGAACCAAAUCAGGAUCUACAGAUGGAGCGAGAGGGAAAAGAUAAAGAAACCUCCCGUCGAAGAGAGAAGGUCAAGGGAGGGUAUUUCAGUCGGGCAUGAGCUGUUUAGUGAAACCUCCCUCUUUCCCUCUUCUGUCGUGUCUCUUUACCCUCGUCUGGUACCUUUUCCGCCCACAGAAGAGCACUGCCGCUGUGGCUCAGGUGCCAAAGGAAAGUCUGUCUCUCUUAACGUCCUUUAUCUCCCUUCUGCCUCUCUUCCUCUAUUUCUGUCUGACUUUCAGUAUCUUUCUCCAGUUUUUCUCAAGUGCUGCUUCUUCAAAGUGUCUCCAAAUAACUCAGCUCUGGAACUCUACUUUGCAUCUUUAUCUUUAUGUUUACUUGGACAAUACGUGUCCCGUGGUUCAGGGUUUUGUUCAGUGGCAGACAAAAAAAGUUUCUGAUUUCAAUUACAAUUUCUUUUUCAGUGGUUUUCAGUAGGAAAGGUCGGUACACUCGCUACCGUGGUGGUGCCAGGGUAAACACGCUCAACAGGCAGGUUCUGUAACCCUGAGAAUUAGAUCAUUUAAAUGAACAUUUGAGGCCUUUCUCUCUCGUUUAACCAUUCGUCCCUUUUCUAGCUGUAUUUCUUGCCAUACUUUGAACGGCCUGCUGGAUCCAACCUCGAUUAAAAAUUGAUUUUGAUGCAGGUAGCGUCUGAAUGCUUGUUGUUUUGAUUGACCUUGAGUUUACCUGGAAGGUUGCGUUGAUGAUAAUGUCACGAUGGCACUAAAGGGUAGCUUUAAUGAAUAAAGUUUCUCAGAUAAAUGGGGCAACUUUCAUCAAACAUUAACGUGACCUGUUAAACGGCUGACAUUGCUGCCAAAUUGAUCACAUCUCUGGUAAAUAUCCAACUCAAUGCGGGAAAAACUCUGAGUGUAAAAGCCUCCUGUUGUGGUGCCAAACAAAUCACAUUUCUUUACUGCUGUUCAUGUAUAUACUGUUUUAUUAUCCAGAGGCUUUUAGUUAUUCAACUGUUUACUUAACCCCCUCCCCGGUAAACGUCAUGAGGACGGACAAACCUGUUUCUGUUUGCUGAAGCCGACAGAAGGUUUGAGUCACUUCUCAGCUGUUGCCCAUAUAAAGUAUGCAACCAGGCAGCCCUAAUGAAACUGUAAAACUCUGAUCAGGUAACCCCAAUAAAACUGUGUUUAUGACUUUACUAUCAGAGUUGAUUUUGAAGCCAGUUAGCAUGCUUUUGUGCCGUUCUUGGCUGGGUUUGUAUUUAUGCUGUACUGUACAUCGACAUGUGUAUGUUUACUUUUACUCCAGGUUCAGGUGAGGGAUCAACAUCGGUGCCAUCAAACCAUAUUUUUUCGUAUCUCACCCACUGCUGCCAGUUUUCACUGUCAUACUGUACAUAUUGUAGCUCCCUAGGGUUGUUUUUUUUUUUUUUGUACCAUGUUACGCCACUUUUAAAUGGCAGGUAUUUAUGUUGGGUGUCGCACAUUUCAUAGUGGUUUGUUUCAUGGUGUAGUCUAUACAACAACAGCAGAUAGAAACGUAGAGAUAGUUGCCAACAAGUGGUAUGAAAUCAGUUAUUAAAAACAUGAGCCAUGCAGCAAUAAGACAGACCGACAUCAUGAAAUGAUUAUUAUCCAGCGACAAUUCCCGACGAUGGCUAAUUCAAUCAACAAUGAGGACAGUUCUGAAACCACAAAAGGAGUUUGGGUUGCGAUGACAUGAGAAAUGAGGUCAAAGAUGUAAAUAGUAACUUAAACAAAUGACUGUGACUAUCAUGUAAUUUGUUUUUGUAUAGUUUUUCUUUCAUUGCACCUCCAUGUUGAGGUUUUUACGGUGACACACGCCUGCUCCCAAAAUGUCUAAUCAUUGAUAAGAUGCUACUGUAAACGGAGCUUAAAUGAUGUUUUACUUUUUGACUUUCAAAAAAUGAUAUUCUACAUCUGCAAAAGACAAUUCAGAAUCGGGCUUGACUUAUUUAUAUGAACAUAUAUAUAUGGAUCUUUCCGGGAACAUCUUAUUAUUCUUAUCAGUGUUUUCCUCUUUUAGAAUGGGAAUUACCCUGUUUGUUUUGACUCACUGGACCGCCUCUAAGUCACUGGGACAAAGUGCAAGUCAGUGGGCUCAUGACAAGCAUGAGUAACGCCGAGGUCUGAUUGGAUUUUUUGUGCCAUAAUAAAGUGUCUCAGUUUUUUUUUUUUUUUUAAUUAAGUUAUUUUUUUAUAAAUCUAUGCAGUUUCAGUCUGGGAUUCCUGCAACUUAAAGGCCAUUUUGUUCAAAAGUCAAAAACAAUGACCGUAAACGGAAGGUGUGAGCAUUUUGUAAGGACUUCUUUUGUCUUAUUUUAUUUUUUUGUUCAAAUGUAACAAGAUUGAAAUAAGUAUCGUGCCACUUUAUGUUGAUCUUUAAAUGUGCAAUAAAUUAUAUUUCAAAUGUG